CGCAGUGCCCGCAGACUCGGCCUGCCAGGUAGCCGCGGUGGGCUAGAGCGGCCGCGCUCAGGGCGAUCGCGGGAGGAGGCGGGAGCCCCCCGGGGCGCGCGUAAGAAGGGGCGUCCUCGCCCACCCGGGGCUGGGCAGGGGCGCGCGCGGAGCCGGCCCGCGCCGCGUCCCCUCGGACGUGCCCGAUGGCAGCCCCGGUGGUGAGUCGGGAGGCGCGAGGCGUCCGGGAAGUCCCAACCCUUCGUCUAACUCCGGGCGCCAGCCUGGAGGCGGCGGGCGUGCUGGAGCUGGAGGCGGAGGAGGAGGAGGAGGAGGAGGAGGAGGAGGAGGCCGAGGCCGCCCGCAGAGCACGGAGCUUCGCUCAGGACGCGCGGGUGCGCUUCCUCGGCGUCCGCCUGGAGCAGUUGCUGGGGCUCCGGGCUGAGACUUGGAGCCAGUAUUUGGAAAGCGAGGGCCACAGGCAAGUCCUGGGGGAGUUUCUGGAGGCCCCCAGCCCCGCCUGCCUGGUGUUCAGCGUCGCCGCCGCAGGGCGGCUUGCGGCCUCCAGAGAGAUUCCAAAAGAUACAAAACAUAAACUUGUUUAUAUUGCCAAGAAGAUUACUGAAAGCACUGGAGUGAAUGAUUUCUCUCAAACGGUUUUAUUUGGAGAGUUACCCACCUCAUCUCUUGGCCAUGUAACUGCUUUCCUAGAUGAGAUUUUAGCGCCGAUUCUUUCUAAUAGGAGCAACCAUAAAUCCUGGUCCUAUUUUAUUUCACAAGACAUGGAACGUCACAUAGAAGUCAUGAAAACUAAAAUACAUAUUUUUAGGGGUAAAAUGUUGAGAAGAACUCUUCUACCAAUUCCCACUAUUGCAGGAAAAAUUGACUUGGAUCAGAAAUAUCCAGAGACCAAGCUAGAGCCAAAUGAAAGGACAAUACUCCAUGCAAUUGAAUCAGUGGUUAUUAAAUGGUCACAUCAAAUCCAAGAAAUUGUAGAAAAAGACUCAGUGCAGCCUUUGCUGAAUGGUCUUUACUCAAAUCCUCAAGCUGAGCUGGGUUUCUGGACGAUGAGAAGAGAGAAUCUAUCAUGCAUUUAUGAUCAACUUCAGGCUCCGAUUGUCCGCAAAAUGGUUAAGAUCCUGAAAACUAAACAGAGCAGCUAUUUCCCAACUUUGAAGGACAUUUUCAUGGCUGUGAAAAAUGCCCUCCUAGAAGCCCAAGAUGUGGAACUUUACCUGAGGCCCCUGAGGAGACACAUUCAGCGUCUCCAGGAGACAGAAUUCCCACAGACUGGUGUAUUAAUCGCCCCGUUAUUUCAUACCAUCUGUCUGAUCUGGAGUCAUUCUAAGUUUUAUAACACCCCUGCUCGGGUUAUAGUUUUAUUGCAAGAAUUCUGUAAUCUCCUCAUUGACCAGGCGACAGCUUACCUUUCGCCUGGAGACCUUUUGAAAGGAGAAAUUGAAGACUCCCUGGAAAAGGUGCAGAUGGCCAUUAACAUCUUAAAGACUUUCAAACAUUCUUUUUUCAACUAUAGAAAAGGAUUGGCCAACUAUUGUAUGGAAAACAAGGAGCUGAAGCCGUGGGAUUUUCAAUCUCAUCUGGUGUUUUGUAGAUUUGACAAAUUUCUUGACCGGUUCAUGAAAAUAGAGGAUUUAUUUGUCACCAUAUUGGAAUUUGAAAAACUGGAGAGACUUGAAUUUGGCGGUACCAAGGGAGCAAUUUUAAAUGGACAAAUCCACAAGAUGAGUGAAGAAUUUAUGGAACUCUGUGAAAUUUUUAAACAGAGCACUUAUGACCCGUCUGAUUACAAUAACAUGGAAUUUGAAAGUGAUUAUGUUGUGUUUAAGUCAAAAACUUUGGAUUUUGACAGAAGGCUGGGGACAAUUCUUUGUGAAGCUUUCUUGAACUGCAAUGGUUUAGAAGCUGCAUUUAAGCUUUUGACCGUAUUUGGGAAUUUUCUAGAGAAACCAGUUGUCAUGGAAAUUUUCAGCCCACAUUACAGCACACUGGUGCACAUGUUUAAUGCCGAGUUGAAUAUGUGUAAGCAAUUGUAUAAUGAACACGUGAAACAGAUUGAAUGCGGAAAUGUAGUUCUUAACAAGAAUAUGCCAUUUACAUCCGGAAAUAUCAAAUGGGCUAAAGAGGUCCUUGAACGACUUCAAAAGUUUUGGUCAAACUUUGCAUCUCUUCAGGAUCUAUUCUUGGAAAGUCCCGAUGAUGCCUUAGUUUAUCAGAAGUAUGAUGAAAUGACAACUUUGCUAGACCAAUUUGAAAAUCGUAUCUAUAAUGAAUGGAAAAGUAACGUGGAUAAAAUCUGUGAAUUCAGUUUGAAUCAACCCUUGGUUAAAUUCAGUGCCAUAAAUGGUCUUCUCAGUGUCAACUUUGACCCAAAGCUAGUGGCUUUAUUGAGGGAAGUAAAAUACCUCUUGAUGUUGAAGAAAUCAGACAUACCGGAUUCGGCCUUAGCCAUCUUCAAAAAAAGAGACACUAUUUUAAAGUACAUUGGAAAUCUUGAACUCCUUGUACAAGGAUAUAAUAAGCUGAAACAGACCCUCCUGGAAGUAGAAUACCCUCUGAUUGAAGAUGAACUGAGGGCUGUGGAUGAGCAACUACAAGCAGCCGUGUCAUUGCUGACGUGGCAGGAUGACUGCUGGGGAUACAUUGAGAGGGUGAAAAUGGCCACCUCUGAGUUGGAGCGCAGAGUUGAGCACACGCAGCACAACGUCAGAGUGAUGCAGCAGACCAUGAGGGCUUGGGCCGAGUGCACACUCCUGCCCAGGAGAGAGCACAGAAGGGAGACCGCCUUUACUUUGGAAGACAAGGGUGAUUUGUUUACCAAAAAAUACAGGCUCAUCCAAGAAGAUGGCCGCAAGAUACACAACUUGGUAGAGGAAAAUAGGAAGCUCUUCAAAGCCAACCCUUCUCUGGAUACCUGGAAGAUUUAUGUAGAAUUCAUUGAUGACAUCGUGGUAGAAGGCUUUUUCCAAGCUAUAAUGCAUGACUUAGACUUCUUUCUGAUGAAUACGGAGAAGCGAUUAAAGCCUGCCCCAUUUUUUCAAGCACAAAUGAUCUUAAUGCCCCCUGAGAUUCUGUUUAAACCGUCUUUAGAAAGAGAAGCUGGGGAUGGCUUCUAUGACCUGGUAGAAGAAAUGCUAUGCAGUAGUUUUAGAAUGUCUGCCCAGAUGAAGCGAGUAGCAACGCAUCUGGAAAUACCAAAUUAUCAGAAUGAUAUGGAUAACAUGUUAGGCCUGGCGGAGGUCAGGCAAGAGAUACUGAACAGAGUGGCAGGCGUCAUCACCAAAGUCUUGGACUUCAGAAAUACUCUGGACAUGUACGCUUACCUUUGGGUAGAUGACCGAGCUGAGUUUAUGAAGCAUUUUCUUCUGUAUGGCCAGACUGUGUCACCCGAGGAAAUAGAUUCUCAAGCAAAUGAAGAAAUCUCUGAACAGCCACCAACUCUUGACCAAUUCAAGGAACAGAUUGAUGUUUAUGAGGCUUUGUAUGUUCAGAUGAGCAAGUUUGAUGACUUCAGAGUAUUUGAUAGUUGGCUGAAGGUGGACAUGAAGCCUUUCAAAGCGAGCUUGCUGAACAUUAUUAGGAAAUGGAGCUGGAUGUUUCAGGAGCAUCUUUUGAGAUUUGUCAUCGACAGUCUGACUGAGCUCCAAGAAUUUAUAAAGGAGACAGAUGCUGGACUUCAGAGGGAAUUAAGUGAAGGUGAUCAUGAUAUUUUAGUUGAUAUCAUGGGGCAUCUUCUGGCUGUAAGAACCCGACAGAGAGCCACUGAUGAACUCUUUGAACCACUGAAAGAAACCAUCACACUCUUGGAAACCUAUGGCCAGAAGAUGCCUGAGCAAGUCUAUAUUCAGCUAGAGGAAUUACCUGAAAGAUGGGAAACUACCAAAAAGAUUGCAGCAACUGUCAGACAUGAAGUUUCACCUCUCCAAAAUGCAGAAGUCACUCUUAUAAGGAAAAAAUGUGUUUUGUUUGAUGAGAAGCAGGCUGAGUUCAGAGAGAGAUUCAGAUUCUCUGCUCCUUUCAGUUUUAAGGCAGAAAAUCCAUAUACAGUGCUUGAUAAGGCACAUCAAGAGCUUGAGGCAUUAGAAGAAGAACUGUUGCACAUGCAAGAAUCUACUCAUCUUUUUGAAGUGGCUCCUCCAGAGUACAAACAAAUGAAGCAGUGUCGCAAAGAAAUGAAAUUGCUCAAGGGACUCUGGGAUGCCAUUAUUUAUGUUAGAAGAAGCAUUGAUAAUUGGACUAAAACCCAGUGGAGACAGAUUAAUGUAGAACAGAUGGAUGUAGAACUCAGAAGGUUUGCCAAGGAAAUCUGGUCACUAGACAAGGAAGUGCGUGUCUGGGACGCUUACGUAGGCCUGGAAGGCACCAUAAAGGACAUGACAACGUCCCUGAGAGCUGUCAUGGAAUUACAGAGCCAUGCCCUCAGAGACAGGCAUUGGCACCAGCUGAUGAAGACCACUGGGGUCAAGUUUUCAAUAAGCGAAGCCACCACUUUGGCAGAUUUGUUAACCUUGCGGUUACACCACGUGGAAGAUGAUGUCCGAAGCAUUGUGGACAAAGCAGCGAAAGAACUGGGGACUGAAAAGGAGUUAAUGUUCAAGACAGCUGAAAUAAAAAAUGUUUUAGAAGCAACAUGCAGACCUAAUCUCUAUGAAAAUCUUAAAGAUUUACAGUACAGGCUUUCUCUUUGUGAAAAAGCUCUCGCGGAAUACCUGGAAACCAAGCGUGUGGCUUUUCCACGCUUCUAUUUCAUCUCUUCCGCAGACUUACUUGACAUUCUCUCCAAGGGAGCUCAACCUAAACAGGUAACACGUCACCUUGCCAAACUUUUCGACAGUAUCGCAGAUCUGCAGUUUGAAGACAACCAGGGUGUUUCUGCACACACAGCGAUUGGAAUGUCCAGCAAAGAAAAGGAGCAUGUCCUAUUCCAAGCCAAGUGUGAAUGCAUAGGCCACGUAGAAACAUGGCUUCUGCAACUUGAACAGACUAUGCAAGAAACAAUGCGACAUUCGAUCGCAGAAGCUCUAGCGGCCUAUGAAGAAAAACCUAGGGAACUGUGGAUUUUCGAUUUCCCGGCUCAGGUUGCACUAACCAGCUCACAAAUCUGGUGGACUACAGAUGUAGGAAUAGCCUUCAGCAGACUGGAGGAAGGCUACGAAACAGCCCUAAAGGAUUUCCAUAAAAAACAGAUUUCUCAGUUGAAUACACUGAUUGCACUUUUGCUGGGAGAACUUCUACCUGGAGACCGGCAGAAGAUCAUGACAAUUUGUACCAUUGAUGUCCAUGCCAGAGACGUGGUGGCAAAACUUAUUUCUCAGAAGGUUGUCAGUCCCCAAGCUUUUGCUUGGCUAUCUCAACUCCGUCAUCGGUGGGAGGACACUCAGAAACACUGCUUUGUUAAUAUUUGUGAUGCUCAGUUCCAGUAUUUCUAUGAAUAUUUAGGAAACAGUCCUCGGCUAGUGAUCACUCCUCUAACAGACAGGUGUUACAUUACUUUAACUCAAUCACUUCACCUAACCAUGAGUGGGGCUCCAGCUGGCCCAGCUGGCACAGGGAAAACUGAAACCACCAAAGAUCUUGGGCGUGCCCUUGGCAUGAUGGUGUAUGUAUUCAACUGUUCUGAGCAAAUGGACUACCAAUCCAUAGGGAAUAUCUAUAAGGGAUUGGUGCAGACAGGAGCUUGGGGCUGCUUUGAUGAGUUCAAUCGAAUUUCUGUGGAAGUUCUGUCCGUGGUGGCAGUACAAGUGAAAAUGAUACAUGAUGCCAUCAGAAACAGGAAAAAGAGAUUUGUAUUUCUUGGGGAAGCUAUCUCACUGAAGCCAACAGUUGGAAUAUUUAUUACAAUGAACCCUGGAUAUGCUGGUCGAACAGAAUUACCAGAAAAUCUCAAAGCUCUUUUCAGACCCUGUGCCAUGGUGGCCCCUGACAUUGAGCUAAUCUGUGAAAUCAUGUUAGUUGCUGAAGGGUUUGUGGACGCGCGCUCAUUAGCCCGAAAGUUCAUUACACUGUACACGCUUUGCAGGGAGCUCCUCUCCAAGCAGGAUCAUUAUGACUGGGGACUUCGCGCUAUUAAAUCUGUCUUGGUUGUGGCUGGCUCCCUGAAACGAGAAGAUAAAAACAGACCUGAAGAUCAGGUACUCAUGAGAGCUUUAAGGGACUUCAAUAUGCCUAAAAUCGUGACGGACGACAUUCCUGUGUUUCUGGGCCUGGUGGGUGACCUGUUUCCAGCCCUGGACGUGCCCCGGAGGAGGGCGCCACAGUUUGAACAGAUGGUCAGGCAGUCCACUGUGGAGCUCCGCCUGCAGCCCGAGGACAGCUUCAUCCUCAAAGUUGUCCAGCUUGAGGAACUGCUGGCUGUUCGGCACUCUGUCUUUGUGGUUGGAAAUGCAGGCACAGGGAAGAGUAAGAUUUUGAGAACACUGAACCGAACAUAUGUUAACAUGAAGCAAAAACCCACUUGGAAUGACUUAAAUCCUAAAGCUGUGACAACAGAUGAACUCUUUGGUUUCAUACAUCAUGCUACCCGAGAAUGGAAAGAUGGUCUCUUCUCAUUCCUUCUGCGAGAACAAGCAAAUCUUAUGCAUGAUGGACCAAAAUGGAUAGUCCUGGAUGGAGAUAUUGAUCCCAUGUGGAUUGAAUCACUAAAUACUGUCAUGGAUGAUAACAAGGUGCUGACCUUGGCCAGCAACGAGCGCGUAGCCCUUACUCCCUCCAUGAGGCUGCUCUUUGAAAUUCAUCACUUACGGACAGCAACCCCAGCUACUGUGUCCAGAGCUGGUAUUCUGUAUGUGAACCCACAAGAUCUGGGCUGGAACCCGUAUGUGGCCAGUUGGAUAGACAGAAGGCAGCAUCAAUCAGAAAAGGCCAAUUUAACAAUUCUUUUUGAUAAAUACAUUCCUGCAUGCUUGGAUAAGCUGAGAACAAGCUUUAAAACCAUCACUUCAAUUCCAGAGAACAGCUUGGUGCAGACUAUUUGCGUUCUUCUGGAAUGUUUGUUGACUCCUGAAAAUGUACCUUCUGACAGCCCAAAGGAAGUUUAUGAAGUCUAUUUUGUCUUUGCUUGUAUCUGGGCAUUUGGAAGCACUCUGCUACAAGAUCAGCUUUCUGGCUGUCAAGCUGAAUUCAGUCGGUGGUGGCAUAAAGAGAUGAAAGCAGUGAAGUUUCCAUCCCAGGGAACAAUCUUUGAUUAUUAUCUGGACCACACAACUAAGAAAUUCUUGCCUUGGGCCGAUAACAUCCCCACAUUCGCUCUGGACCCAGAUGUGCCUUUGCAGAGAGUUCUGGUUCACACACCAGAAACAACUCGCCUUAGAUAUUUCACAGAGCUGUUGCUUGAGAAAGGACAACCACUAAUGCUAGUAGGCAAUGCUGGAGUGGGAAAAACAGUCUUUGUAGGUGACACGCUGGCACGUCUCUCUGAGGAUUACAUUGUGUCCCGUGUGCCUUUCAACUACUAUACAACCUCUGCAGUCCUGCAAAGAAUUCUUGAAAAACCUCUAGAGAAAAAAGCUGGUCGUAACUAUGGUCCAGGAGGAAAUAAAAAAUUGGUUUAUUUUAUCGACGACAUGAAUAUGCCCAAAGUGGACUUAUAUGGCACCGUUCAGCCCCACACUCUGAUACGACAGCACAUUGAUUAUGGACACUGGUAUGAUCGACAGAAAACCAUGCUUAAGGAAAUCCACAACUGUCAGUAUGUGGCCUGCAUGAAUCCGAUGGUGGGCAGCUUCACAAUCAAUCCUAGACUACAGAGACAUUUCACAGUGUUUGCAUUCAACUUUCCAUCCUUGGAUGCCUUAAACACCAUCUAUAGCCAGAUACUGAGUUUCCAUUUCCAGCAGCAAGCAUUUGGUCCAUCCGUCCUCAGGAGUGGCCCUACAUUGAUACAGGCCACCAUCGCAUUGCAUCACAUGAUGACACAUACCUUCUUACCCACAGCUAUUAAAUUCCACUACCUCUUUAAUCUGAGAGACCUGUCAAACGUCUUCCAGGGGAUUUUAUUUGCUUCUCCUGAAUGUUUAAAGGGUCCCAAUGAUUUAAUGCGCCUGUGGCUUCAUGAAUCUUCUCGUGUUUAUGGAGACAAACUGAUAGACACAAAGGAUUGUGAUUUGUUUCAGAAAAAAAUCCUAGAAACGGCUUAUAAAUAUUUUGAAGAUGUAGACAGUCACAUCCUGCUUCAACAGCCCCUCAUCUAUUGCCACUUCGCCGAUGGUGGGGAAGACCCAUGUUAUAUGCCCGUGAAGGACUGGAAGGUGCUGAAGACAAUUCUUACAGAGACCUUAGAUAACUACAACGAACUCAACGCUGCCAUGCACCUAGUUUUGUUUGAAGAUGCCAUGCAGCAUGUGUGUCGCAUCAGCCGAAUCCUCCAGACCCCUCAGGGCUACGCCCUGUUGAUCGGAGUGGGCGGCAGUGGCAAACAGAGCUUGUCCCGGCUGGCAGCUUACAUUUGCAGCCUCGAGGUCUUCCAGAUCUCUCUCACCGAAGGCUUUGGAAUCCAAGAACUUCGGGAAGGUCUUGCCAAUUUGUACGUCAGAACUGGAGCCAAAAACAUGCCCACUGUGUUCCUGCUGACAGAUGCCCAGGUUCUAGAUGAGAGCUUUCUUGUGCUGAUUAAUGACUUGCUGGCAUCAGGAGAAAUCCUGGAUCUGUUUAGUGAUGAAGAUGUUGACAAGAUAAUUUCUGGGAUUCGUAAUGAAGUUCGUGGUCUGGGCCUGGUGGACUCCAGAGAAAACUGUUGGCAGUUCUUUUUGGCCAGGGUGCGACAACAGCUCAAAAUCAUUUUGUGUUUCUCUCCAGUUGGUCACACGCUGAGAGUUAGAGCUCGGAAGUUCCCAGCCAUAGUUAACUGCACGGCUAUUGACUGGUUUCAUGUGUGGCCACAGGAGGCUCUGGUCUCAGUCAGCAGGAGGUUCAUUGAGGAAACUAAGGGAAUUGAGCCACUAGACAAAGAUUCUAUUAGCUUUUUCAUGGCACAUGUUCACACCAGCGUAAAUGAAAUGAGUACCAGGUAUUACCAAAAUGAGAGAAGAUACAACUACACCACCCCGAAGAGUUUUCUAGAACAAAUAUCACUGUUUAAGAACCUGUUGAAGAACAAGCAAAAAGAGGUAUCGCAGAAGAAGGAACACUUGAUGAAUGGCAUCCAGAAGCUGCAAACCACGGCCUCUCAGGUGGGAGAUCUGAAAGCCAGGCUGGCGUCUCAAGAAGCCGAGUUGCAACUGAGAAAUCACGAUGCCGAAGCUCUGAUCACAAAGAUCGGGCUUCAGACAGAGAAAGUGAGCAGGGAGAAGGCCAUCGCGGAUGCGGAGGAACGAAAGGUGACAGCCAUUCAGACUGAAGUGUCCCAGAAGCAGAAAGAGUGUGAGGCCGAUUUACUCAAGGCCGAGCCUGCACUGGUGGCUGCAACAGCUGCACUCAAUACACUCAACAGGGUUAAUCUCACUGAGCUGAAAGCCUUUCCCAACCCUCCCAAUGCGGUUACCAAUGUUACUGCAGCCGUGAUGGUCCUUCUGGCUCCUCGGGGCAGAGUGCCAAAAGACCGAAGUUGGAAAGCAGCUAAAGUCUUCAUGGGAAAGGUUGAUGAUUUUUUGCAAGCAUUAAUUAACUAUGACAAAGAGCACAUUCCAGAGAACUGUCUAAAAGUGGUGAAUGAACAGUAUUUGAAAGACCCAGAGUUCAAUCCAAACCUGAUUCGGACCAAAUCUUUUGCAGCAGCUGGUCUCUGUGCCUGGGUCAUCAACAUCAUUAAAUUCUAUGAGGUCUACUGUGACGUAGAGCCAAAACGCCAAGCGUUAGCCCAAGCAAACUUAGAAUUGGCUGCAGCUACUGAAAAACUAGAAGCUAUCAGGAAAAAGCUUGAGGAUCUGGAUCGAAAUCUGAGCAGACUCACAGCGUCAUUUGAAAAAGCAAUAGCCAAGAAAGUUCAGUGUCAAGAAGAGGUGAACCAAACGAACAAAACCAUUGAACUAGCUAACAGACUUGUCAAGGAACUUGAGUCAGAGAAGAUUCGCUGGGGCCAGUCUAUUAAAGCCUUUGAAGCUCAAGAGAAGACCAUCUGUGGAGAUGUUCUCCUUGCAGCAGCCUUUGUGUCUUAUGUUGGACCCUUUACAAAACAGUAUCGGCAGGAACUGGUAGACUGCAAGUGGAUUCCCUUUCUUCAACAGAAGGUUUCCAUCCCAAUAACUGAAGGCCUGGACUUGAUUGCCAUGUUGACGGAUGAUGCGACAAUUGCCGCCUGGAAUAAUGAAGGACUGCCCAGUGACAGAAUGUCCACUGAAAAUGCCACUAUCCUGACACACUGUGUGCGCUGGCCGUUCAUGAUAGACCCCCAGCAACAGGGAAUUAAGUGGAUCAAAAAUAAGUAUGGAACUCACCUGAAAGUCACACAUUUGGGCCAGAAAGGGUUUUUGAAUGUGAUUGAAACUGCUUUGGCCUUUGGAGAUGUCAUCUUAAUUGAAAACCUUGAGGAAACAAUAGACCCAGUCCUUGAUCCACUGCUUGGCAGGAACACAAUUAAAAAGGGGAAGUAUAUCAGGAUUGGAGAUAAAGAAUGUGAAUUUAAUAAGAACUUUCGUCUUAUCCUUCACACAAAACUGGCAAAUCCUCACUAUAAGCCAGAAUUACAAGCUCAGACAACCCUCCUGAAUUUCACGGUCACAGAAGAUGGUCUAGAAGCCCAGCUGCUGGCAGAGGUGGUCAGUAUUGAAAGGCCAGAUUUGGAGAAGCUUAAGCUGGUUUUGACAAAGCACCAAAAUGACUUCAAGAUAGAGCUGAAGUACCUUGAGGAUGACCUCCUCCUGCGCCUUGCUGCAGCAGAAGGGAGCUUUUUAGAUGACACCAAACUGGUGGAGAGAUUGGAGAUGACAAAGACGACCGCCGCAGAGAUAGAGCACAAGGUAAUUGAAGCUAAAGAAAAUGAAAAGAAAAUCAACGAAGCCCGAGAAUGUUACCGACCAGUGGCAGCAAGAGCAUCUCUUCUUUAUUUUGUUAUUAACGACCUCAGAAAAAUCAACCCCAUCUAUCAAUUCUCUUUGAAGGCUUUCAACGUGCUGUUCCACAGAGCAAUCAAGCAGGCUGACGAGGUGGAGGACACACAGGGGCGCAUCUCAAUCCUGAUGGAGAGCAUCACCCACGCCACCUUCCUCUACACCAGCCAGGCACUGUUCGAGAGGGACAAGCUCACCUUCCUGUCCCAGAUGGCUUUUCAGAUUUUGUUAAGAAAGAAAGAGAUAGACCCUGUUGAAUUGGAUUUCCUGCUUCGAUUCACAGUUGAACACACUUACCUGAGCCCUGUUGACUUCCUAACUGCCCAGUCAUGGAGUGCUAUUAAGGCAUUAGCCCUUAUGGAAGAAUUCCGAGGCAUAGACCGAGACGUGGAAGGAUCUGCCAAGCAGUGGAGGAAGUGGGUAGAAUCCGAGUGUCCAGAAAAAGAAAAGCUGCCGCAAGAAUGGAAGAAGAAAAGUGUAAUACAGAAGCUGAUUCUUUUGAGAGCAAUGCGCCCUGACAGAAUGACAUAUGCUCUCAGGAAUUUCGUGGAGGAAAAACUGGGUGCAAAGUAUGUGGAGAGGACCAGGUUGGACUUGGCUAAAGCAUUUGAAGAAAGCAGCCCUGCCAUCCCGGUGUUCUUCAUCUUGUCUCCUGGGGUCGAUGCCCUCAAAGACCUGGAGACCCUUGGCAAAAGGCUUGGGUUUACAAUUGACUCGGGAAAAUUCCACAAUGUGUCUUUAGGACAAGGUCAGGAGGCUGUGGCAGAGAUGGCAUUGGAGAAGGCUUCCAAAGAAGGACACUGGGUCAUACUCCAGAAUGUCCAUUUGGUAGCCAAGUGGCUAGGAUCCUUGGAGAAACUCCUUGAAAGAUUCAGCCAAGGAAGCCACAGAGAUUACAGGGUUUUCAUGAGUGCUGAGACUGCACCUACACCAAGUGAACAUAUCAUCCCUCAAGGAAUCCUGGAAAAUUCCAUUAAGAUCACUAAUGAACCCCCCACUGGAAUGCUGGCCAAUUUACAUGCUGCUCUCUACAACUUCGAUCAGGAUACACUUGAAGUGUGCUCCAAGGAGCAGGAGUUUAAAAGCAUCCUCUUUGCUCUGUGCUAUUUCCAUGCCUGUGUUGCCGGGAGACUGAGGUUUGGCCCCCAGGGCUGGAGCCGCCGCUAUCCUUUCAAUCCUGGAGACCUCACCAUUUGUGCCAAUGUCCUCUACAACUACUUAGAGGCAAACCCUAACGUGCCAUGGGAAGACCUCCGUUAUCUCUUUGGUGAGAUCAUGUAUGGGGGCCACAUCACAGAUGACUGGGAUCGCAAACUGUGUCGGGUGUAUUUAGAAGAAUUCAUGAAUCCGUCCCUGAUUGAAGAUGAGCUUAUGCUGGCACCGGGAUUCGCAGCCCCACCUAAUCUAGAUUACCCAGGCUACCACCAGUACGUAGAGGAGAUGCUUCCGCCGGAAAGCCCAGCGCUGUAUGGCCUCCAUCCAAACGCUGAAAUCGAAUUCCUGAUGGUGACAUCCAACACUCUCUUCAGAACUUUGCUGGAGAUGCAGCCCAGGAAUGUACUCGUCAGUGACGAGCUGGGGCAGUCCACAGAAGAUAAGGUUAAGAAUGUCUUGGAUGACAUUUUGGAGAGACUUCCUGAAGAGUUCAACAUGGCAGAGAUCAUGCAAAAAAACACAAAUAGAAGCCCCUAUAUUCUUGUUUGCUUCCAAGAAUGUGAGAGGAUGAAUAUUCUCCUGCAGGAAAUCCGUGUGUCACUUCAACAAUUAGACCUUGGUUUGAAGGGGGAGCUGACCUUAUCUUCUGAUGUGGAAGCCCAGCAGUCCGCACUGAGUUACGACAUGGUACCAGCCACGUGGAGCAAACUGGCUUAUCCAUCUACUUACGGCCUGGCCCAGUGGUUUAAUGACCUCCUCUUACGAUGCCGAGAACUGGAUACUUGGACACAUGACCUCGCCCUUCCGGCUGUGGUGUGGCUUUCUGGUUUCUUCAACCCCCAGUCCUUCUUAACUGCAAUCAUGCAGACUAUGGCUCGGAAAAACGAGUGGCCCCUGGAUAAAAUGUGCUUGACUGUUGAUGUUACCAAAAAAACGAAGGAAGAUUAUGGACACCCUCCAAGGGAAGGCGCAUAUCUGCACGGGCUCCACAUGGAAGGUGCACGAUGGGACGUCCAAUCAGGAACCAUUGUUGAAGCCCACCUCAAGGAGCUGACAUCUGUGAUGCCAGUCAUCUUUGCAAAAGCCAUACCCCUGGACAGACAGGAGACCAAACACACCUAUGAGUGCCCUGUGUACAAAACCAAACUGAGGGGCCCCAACUAUGUCUGGACCUUCAGGUUGAAGAGCAAAGAGAAGAUGGCCAAGUGGGUUCUGGCAGGCGUGGCUCUCCUGCUGGAAGCAUAGAUGGGACUUCCUCCAGCCUCGACAGGAACGCAGUGAGGAUUUUUCAUUGUUACUGCACUGUUCCCACACAUAGCAACUUAUUCUACUGAGAGGCAGGACACAUAGUCCAGCUUCUGUAACUUUUAAAACACCAGCCUUAAAAAGUAGAGACGGGGAAGGAAAGGAAGGCAAUGUAGAAAAAAAGAAUUCUAGAAUCUGUUUCUGUUCAUUGAUUUUCAGCUUUCCCCAGUACCCCGCCCACAAAAAGUACAGUAUCGCUCACAUUUUCAUCAAGGUUCCACUGAACAGACACACAACCUCCAAAACAAAGGGGCUGGAAGUCUCCCCGUCAGUGAGUGGGACUUUAGUUCUUGUAGACGUUUCAACAAAAUCUUUUUAAAAUUAGCCCUUAUGUUCUUUUAAAAUACAGAAGCAACUGGCCCCAAGCAGCAGGUGACUCCUGAAGGAAGCAGCAGCUGCUGCCAGCAGUGCGCUGAGGCCUCCAGUGUUGGUCAUGUGACAGUCCACUUUUUGUUCAUUCAAGUUUUAAUAAAAAUAAAAUUCUAGUACUCUCAAGUUCUGCGGUUAAUUGCACUUUGUAAUUUAGGGGAACAUUCUUCAACAUAAAUUUUCAAUCACCUAGAGCACGUUAAACUACAUGGUUUGACCUACGGUCAGGAUAAGACAAACGGAAGGGGAUAGAACCCCUGUAAAAACUUGUUUGGGAGGUAAAAAAUCAAAGCAACAUCGAUAAUUUAAACAGUGUCAAAGGCCAGAGCUACUAAUACAAUGUUUUCUCUGGAACUUACCUGAACUUUAAUCGUGCUUUUUAAUCAUCUGUAGAUGCUUUUAACAAUUCAAACAGGCCUGUGUAUACAUAGAGAUUCCUCGAGGUGUUUACCUGAGAAAUCUUUGGAAGCAUAUAAACAAUCUUAAAAAAAAUAGUAUUUAAGAUCUACAAAGAAUUUCUGUAUAAAAACACAACUGUUAAGACAUCUUAGGCACAAAUGGUACAUAUGGCAUAUCUUGUUAGAAUACGCUGAGUUGGCUGGUUCUUCUUUUAAUUGUCUUCUACCAGCUGCUUUUGUAUG